AUGUUGGCGAUUUUCGACAAAAACGUGGCAAAGAGCCCUGAGGCUCUAGAGAAUCCAGAAGGUGGAUCGGUUUCUGCUCUUAAAGAUGAGUUUUUGCUUAACCAUUUCUCCUCCAUUUAUCCUUCCGCCAUUAAAAUCAAUUUCGGAUCUUCUGGUCUCAUCGCUUGCUCUCUCGACAAGCAGAACCCUCUUCUUCCCAGAUUGUUUGCUGUGACGGAUGAUAUGUUCUGCAUCUUCCAAGGACAUAUAGAGAACAUUCCCUUUCUUAAGCAGCAAUAUGGACUAACCAAAACAGCAACCGAGGUCACUGUUGUGAUUGAAGCGUAUAGAACCCUCAGGGACCGUGGUCCAUACUCUGCAGACCAAGUUGUUAGAGAUUUUCAUGGGAAAUUCGCGUUCAUGCUCUUUGACUGCUCCACGAAAAAUGUCUUCCUUGCCGGGGAUGUAGAAGGGAGUGUUCCUCUCUUCUGGGGAACAGAUGCUGAAGGCCAUCUUGUUCUUUCUGAUGAUGUGGAAACCGUGAAGAAAGGUUGUGGUAAAUCCUUUGCGCCAUUCCCUAAAGGAUGUUUCUUUACCUCAUCUGGAGGAUUGAGGAGCUAUGAGUAUCCGUUAAAUGAGCUAAAGCCAGUACCAAGGGUGGACAGUUCGGGUCAGGUGUGCGGUGUAACUUUCAAAGUGGAUUCCGAGGCCAAGAAAGAAGGCGCAAUGCCAAGGGUCGGGAGUGUCCAGAAUUGGUCUCAACAAAUCUGA